AUGUCUUUGUCAACAGAAGAAAAUCCAAUCAUAAAUUCAGAUAUUCAAAAUGAUGUUACCAGUAGUCGUCGUAAUCUAGUUGAGGUUGAAAGAGAGGAAACAACAGGAUGGAUCAAGAGUCGAACAGUUCUUGGCAUUAUGGGCUUCUUAGGCUUUGCCAAUGUAUAUGCCAUGCGUGUAAAUCUAUCUGUGGCUAUUGUAGCUAUGAUCAACACAACUACUGUACCAAAUAAUUCCACGUUAGAUGUUUGUCCAGCAACUACACCAACCAAUAGCUCUGUGCCAUCAAAACCUGGUGAUUUCAACUGGACACCAGCACAGCAAAGUAUAAUUUUGGGAUCAUUUUUCUACGGAUAUGUAUUAACACAGAUACCCGGUGGAAGGAUAGCAGAAAUGUUUGGUGGAAAACUUGUUUACGGCGUGGGUGUGCUUUUGACAGCAAUAUUUACAAUUCUUAGUCCAAUUGCAGCAUUUAUAGAUUUCAAAUUCUUUAUUGUUGUACGAGUUCUGGAAGGGUUAGGUGAAGGUGUGACCUACCCCGCCAUGCAUGCUAUGUUGGCAAGGUGGAUUCCACCUUUGGAAAGAUCAAAGUUUGCUGCAUAUGUUUAUGCUGGCUCUAAUAUUGGCACAGUUAUAUCAUUACCAAUAUCAGGAUGGCUCUGUACUUUAGAUUUUGCUGGUGGAUGGCCACUUUGCUUUUAUCUGUUUGGUGGCCUCGGUGUGGUGUGGUUCUUUGCAUGGAUGUUCCUUAUUUAUGAUACACCACAAAAACAUCCAAGAAUAUGUCCAAAGGAGGUUGAAUACAUCACUAAUUCUAUUGGGCCACAUGAAGACAAACCAUCCAUGUCUAUCCCAUGGUGUAAAUUCUUAACAUGUUUACCACUGUGGGCUAUAUUAAUUGCACAGUGCGGUCAAUCCUGGCUGUUUUACACGCAGUUAACUGAGCUACCCACUUAUAUGAACAACAUCCUGCACUUCGAUAUUGUGUCUAACGCACGACUUUCAGCACUACCAUAUCUUACUGCAUGGAUAGCAGGCAUUUUAAUAAGUAUCUUUGCUGAUUGGCUGCUGGCUAAGGGAUGGAUAUCUCGCCUCAACAGUAUGAAACUGUGGAACACUGUUGCGGCGUUUGUACCAGCCUUUGGUUUGCUGGGUAUCGCGUGGGCGGGUUGUGAUCGCGUCGCUGUCAUGUUGCUACUUAGCAUCACUUCUGCUUUCGGUGGUGCUGUUUAUGCUGGCAACCAGAUGAACCACAUCGAUCUGUCGCCUCAAUUCGCGGGAACCAUGUACGGCAUCACCAACGCCGCUAGCAAUAUAUGUGGCUUUAUGGCGCCUUACGUUAUAGGACAAAUUAUUAGCUCCGAUCAGCAAACUCUGGGGCAAUGGCGUGAAGUGUUUUACUUAGCUGCAGCCAUAGAUUUAGGAGCAAAUCUCUUUUAUUUAUUCUUCGCGAGCACCGAGGAACAGGACUGGUCGCGAUUAAAUAACGACGACAUGACAGCAUCAGCGCCGGUCGAGAGUAUACUAUUCCCGGAGUCGUAG